GCUUUUCUGAAACGACUCCAUUAGCAUCGGCUUCUGCGAAAAGCAAACCGGUUAUAGCUUCUAGGCUUCUCCCAUUUGACCGCUCCGUAGCAGACUUGCAGAGAACAGAGGUUGAAGAUAAUCACUCUACUUAGCUUCGAGUAUGCCAGAUAGUACUGUACUACUAUUACUAUAUCUCCUUGCAUUCACACUCUUAUCUACGACUUCAUUGGUUUUUUCCCACGACGGCUGGUCGCCGACCUCCUCCGCCGCGGCCUCCUUGCAAUCGGAGUGGCGGCCGGCGCGUGCCACCUACUACGCGCCUGCGGAUCCCGAGGACGCGGUGGGCGGGGCGUGCGGGUAUGGGGAUUUGGAGAAGAGCGGCUACGGGAAGGCCACGGCGGGGCUGAGCACGGUUCUGUUUGAGAGGGGUCAGAUCUGCGGCGCGUGCUUUGAGGUCAAGUGCGUGGAGGAUCUCCGGUGGUGUAUUCCCGGCACUUCCAUCAUUGUAACCGCUACCAAUUUCUGCGCUCCCAACUAUGGCUUCGAGCCUGACGGCGGCGGCCACUGUAACCCUCCCAAUGCCCAUUUCGUGCUCCCCAUUGAAGCCUUCGAGAAAAUUGCUAUCUGGAAAGCUUCCAAUAUGCCCAUUCAGUAUCGCAGAAUAAAGUGCAGAAAGGAAGGAGGAGUGAGGUUCACUGUCAGUGGUGCAGGAAUAUUCAUCUCGGUGCUAAUCAGAAAUGUUGCCGGUACUGGUGAUAUAGUUGCAGUGAAAAUUAAGGGUUCAAGAACAGGAUGGCUUCCAAUGGGUAGGAAUUGGGGCCAAAAUUGGCACAUAAAUGCAAACUUGAGGAGUCAACCACUAUCGUUCGAGAUAACUAGCAGCGAUCGUGUAACCCUGACAUCUUACAAUGUUGCUCCCAAGAACUGGAAUUAUGGGCAGACCUUUGAAGGCAAACAGUUUGAAGCUUAGAAGUGAAUUGAAGCAUCCUAGAAUUGCAUCAAACAAUUGGUCUUUGGGGAAAAUUUUGUUUGCUCUUUAAUUUGGUAGAGCCCAGAAAAAAGGAGAGUUAAUGUAAUUAGAGAAACUUCAUUAUUGGGCGUAGUUUACUAGUUUAUGUUGAUUGUAGUUGAUUCACAAUGUAUCUCAAAUCUUGAUCAGCCAAAAAUAGUAUGCAUCUCUUGUUUGUGAUGA